AAUCCGGUAUCGCUGCCCAGUCGAUACAGGCCACGCCGCUGGGUUAUAUCUAUGCUGGCUGAUAUGAUGGUCCUCUGUCUCUCUACUCUCGCGAAUACAGCUCUAUAAAACACCAUGGUAACAUGUUUGUAAUGGUCUCUCUGUACUCUCCAUGUGACAACAAAGAUGUUGGGAAAAUGACACUAUGCGUAGCCAGGAACGAUAACAGCCUUCAGACGUCUUUCAUUGACAACGCAGAAUACAAGUACUGACCACUGGUUUGGUUUACACUCGGGUGUCACACGGCGGAGUUUCUUUAUCCCAGUCCGAUUAUUUCCGACAGCUAAACAGACACAACAACAUGCGUACAAUACCCACAUGUGUAGGGCUGUUGCUAUUGACAACAUGUUGGCACGUGCAAGCCUGCACGACUCCCCCGGAUGUUGAAGAUCUCGAACCUGUUAUUGGAAUAGACCUGGGAACAACCUUCACCUGUGUGGGCGUGUUCCGAAAUGACAAGGUUGAGAUCAUCCCCGAUGAACACGGGAACAGGAUCACCCCCUCCUAUGUGGCAUUCACUCCGGAUGGGGAGACCCUGAUCGGAUACGCAGCCAGGAACCAACUGACCACCAACCCAGAGAACACCGUCUUUGACGUCAAGCGUCUGAUUGGCCGCACCUGGGAAAACCCUUCCGUGCAGCGGGACAUACAACGAUAUCCUUUCAAGGUAAUAAACGAGGACAACAAGCCGCACAUCCAAGUGAGAGUUGGGUCAGAGGACAAGGUGUUCGCUCCCGAGGAGAUCUCGGCGAUGAUGUUGUCGAAGAUGAAGGAGAUAGCAGAGACGUACCUGACCCAGAACGUCACCAAUGCUGUUGUCACCGUCCCCGCCUACUUCAAUGACGCCCAGAGGAUGGCAACCAAAGACGCCGGCACCAUCGCUGGGCUGAACAUUCUACGUCUAAUCAAUGAACCAAUUGCUGCCUCAGUAGCGUACGGCCUUGACAAGUCUGACGGUGAAAAGAAUAUCCUUGUGUUUGACUUGGGAGUGGGGACGUUUGACGUGUCAAUCGUCAUCACCGACUACGGCGUGUUUGAAGUUGUGGCCACUAAAGGAGACACACAUUUAGGUGGUCAAGACAUCGACCAGAGACUGAUGGAGUUCUUUAUCAAACAAUACAAGAAGAGGACGAGUCAGGACCUACGGGAGGACAUUGGGGCCAUCCAGAAACUGCGUCGUGAGGUGGAGAAGGCGAAGAGAGCUCUGUCCUCCCAGCAUCAGACCAGGGUGGAGAUCGAGUCACUCAUGGGCGGCCAUGAUUUCUCUGAAGUCCUCACGAGAGCCAAGCUGGAGGAACUUAACACAGACUUGUUUAAAUCAACUUUAAGUUACAUGCAGUUCGCUUUGAAUGAGGCAGAUUUGAACAGGACGGACAUCCAUGAAAUCAUAAUGGUCGGAGAAUCAACUGAGAUACCCAAGAUUCAGCAACUUGUAAAGGAGUUCUUUGACGGGAAGGAACCAAUGAGGGGCAUCAACCCAGAAGAGGUUAUAGCUUACGGAGCUGCUGUUCAGGGAGGAGUGCUGGCUGGGAAAGGCGAAAAGGCCAUCCUACUCUGCGGCUUCUGUCCCUUGAGUCUCGGCAUUGAGAUCAUCGGAGGCGUCAUGGCAAAGGUCUUCCCUCGCAACACCUUGAUCCCCAUCAGGAGGACACGGCAGUUCACAACAACACAACACGACCAAGAGGAGGUGACAAUUCGGGUCUAUGAAGGCGAGAGGAUCAUGACAAAGAACAACCAUUUCCUGGGACAAUUUGACUUAACAGGAAUCCGGCCUGCGAGAAGUGGGCUUCCUCAGAUUAAUGUAACCUUUGAAAUCGAUGUGAAUGACAUUGUGUACGUAACGGCUGAGGACAUAGGAACUGGAAACAAGAACAAAAUUGUGAUUACGUACAGUGAGGGAGACAUGCUUUCCCCUGAAUAUAUUGAGAAAAUGAUACAAGAUGCUGAAGACUUUGCUGAAGAGGACAAGGAGAUGAUGGAGAUUAUGGAAGCUGAACUCAGAAGCGGGGAUAAAUGGACGAACACGAAGGCUGUGAGAAGGAAACCUAUCAUACAAGACAAAACAGAGAACGUUUCUCAUGAUGAACUCUAACAGAGAAGUACUGGGAAUGGAGGCAUGGGGAAACUGGACGUGUGCAUAAAUGUGUGUGUGUGUGUGUGUGUGUGUGUGUGUGUGUGUGUGUGUGUGUGUGUGUGUGUGUGUGUGUGUGUGUGUGUGUGUGUGUGUGUGUGUGUGUGUGUGUGCUCCCCCAUCUUCCUGUAUAUUCAUGUCUUGUGACGUCAUAAUGGAUUCCUACAUUCCUACAGUGAUAGAGUGAUUGGAAGAAAGCUUUUAUAUGUCCCGGCCCUAUAUGUAUUUAUUGAAUGAUGCUGCCCCAGUGCUCAGUUCAGUGGACGAGUAAGAUGGGUUCCAACAUUCGGCAACAGUCCUUAGAAUAAAAAACCUAAUUCGGAUCACUUCCCUCAAUGAAUGUCCAGCCUCUCUGACUUUUUCUGAUAUCCUUGCAUUUCUGACAAUGCCAAUUGCUAUGGAAACUUUAUGUCAGUAUUUAUUUUGCAAGAAGAUCCAGAGAACUGGAAA